UUUUAAAAUAAAAUAAAAUCUAAAUAGUUUGUAAGUGACUUCAGAGUUUGAAGUAUUUCGUAAGAAUUGGUCGAUGCUAUUGUUUGAUUUCCCCCUGAAUCGAUCUUCUCUCCAGAUCCUCAAUUUCACGAUCCGACGAUUUGGGUUCAGAAACCCUAGAAAUCAAGCGAUUUGCUCAGGCGCACUCCGAUUCGAUCAAUAUGUCGCAAGAGGAAGUUGCGAUGGAUGCAAUCAACCACGCUCUCAAGGCUUUGCGGAAGCGGCAUUUACUCGAAGAGGGAGCUCAUGCUCCGGCUAUGAUCGCUCUUUCUCGCCCUAUUUCUUCUCAGAAUGGAAAGAGAAGUCAGAAAAUCUGGAACUGGAACUUCAGCAAUGUUACAAAGCUCAAGCUCGACUAUCUGAGCAGCUCGUGGUAGAAGUGGCUGAGUCUAGAGCUUCAAAAGCUUUAGUUCAGGAAAAAGAAGCCAUAAUUUCAGAUUUACAGAAUGAGCUCACAAAAGCAAGGGAUGAAUGCACUCAGACCACUGUGCUUUUAGAAGAAAAGACUAAAUCUUUAGAAUUGCUAAUAGAAGAGAAUCAGGAACUGAGAGCACAACUUGAGGAGAUGUCCAUGAGAGCAAAGAUUGCUGAAGCUGAAAACAAGAAGUUGGUUGACCGGUGGAUGUAUCAAAAAAUGCAGGAUGCUGAACGGCUGAAUGAGGCUAAUGCACUUUAUGAAGAUAUGCUUGAACGUCUCAAGGCAAGUGGAUUAGAGCAACUUGCAAGACAGCAAGUUGAUGGUGUAGUACGCCGUAGUGAAGGUGGUGAGUACUAUGUGGAGUCUCCAGUUCCUACUGCAUACAAGCACAAGAUGUCUGCCCAUGAAGGUGGGUGCGCUGCUAUACUUUUUGAAUACAAUACCGGGAAAUUGAUUAGUGGAGGACAGGAUAAGACUGUCAAAUUGUGGGAUACAAACACUGGGUCACUUGGUAGCACUCUUUAUGGUUGCCUGGGCUCUGUUCUUGAUCUUGCAAUUACUCAAGAUAACAGAUCCAUAAUUGCUGCUAGCAGUUCAAACAACUUGUUUGUAUGGGAUGUGAGUUCUGGUCGAAUGAAUCAUACUCUGACAGGACAUAUCGAUAAAGUCUGUGCUGUAGAUGUGAGCAAAGUCUCCAGUCGCCAUGUUGUAAGUGCAGCUUAUGAUCGUACCAUAAAAGUCUGGGAUCUAAAGAAAGGUUACUGUAUUAACACAAUAAUCUUCCACAGCAACUGCAAUGCCCUAUGUUUUAGUGCUGAUGGACAGACAAUUUUGUCAGGUCAUGUUGAUGGGAAUCUUCGGUUGUGGGAUAUUCAGACGGGAAAGCCCCUCAGUGAAGUCGCUGCCCAUUCACAGGCUGUUACUUCAAUCUCUCUUUCUCGAAAUGGAAACAUAAUAUUGACAAGUGGGAGAGACAACUUGCACAAUCUGUUUGACGUGCGUUCUCUGGAAGUUUGUGGCACACUAAGAGCUAGUGGAAACAGAGUGGCAUCUAACUGGAGCCGAUCAUGCCUUAGUGCAGACGAUAAUUAUGUCGCAGCUGGAUCUGCUGAUGGAUCUGUCUACAUAUGGCCCGUGUCAAAAACAAACACAGUAAGCACCCUCAAGGAACAUACUGCCUCUGUUCUAUGCUGUUCAUGGAGUGGUCUUGGAAAACCUCUAGCCUCUGCAGACAAGAAUGGAGUUAUUUGUACAUGGACAUAAUUGGUCGAUCUUACUGUUAAUUUACCAGUUCUGGUGCCAUUUUCUGUACAUAGAAUGCUGUCAUGUCUGGCCAUUCUUGCUGAAGAUCUCAUGAAAUUUUAAGCGUAGCCCUAAAAAAGGCUUUUGCUGACAACGAAUUUUUCUUGCUCUGCUCCGAGAGAAGUCUGAAUUCCGCCCUCAAGAUAUCGAAAGAAGGGUUUGCUCAUCUGUUACCAUCGGAAGCUUUGAUCAGUGAAGGAGCCAUCAGUUGUUAGUCUUAUGAUAGUGUUUCAGCAAAGCAUUUCAACUCUGCUUCCUUUUCCUUCUUCACUGUAUUAUUAUCAACGACUUCUGUGGCUCUUUGGCAGUGGGGAACACAUUGCUGAUUCUUUUA